GGCGGAUUUCUAGGUCUAUAGGCGGCUAAACCUCGCAGUUGGGGCGAACUUCAAGCCUACCUAGUACCUACCCCUCACCACAGCUCAACAACGUCGCUGUCUUCAUAUAAGACCAUCAUCUGCACCUGCCAAUUUUAUCCUCAUCAAUUCUUAGGGCCUUUUCCCUAAGCCGUCAGGAAGGGGGCUGCACCAGUUCCUACGAAGCCCACACACCUCCUUGCCUAUGGGCAGAUAAGAAUGGUGUCCUUAUAUAGCACCGACUCCUUCAUCAGCCCUGAUGGACUAAGCAAAAAUCUGGUUCUCAAUCGCUCUCUUAUGAGCUUGGAUGGCAACAUUCGCUCGGUUGUCAGCGGCUUUGUCCACCCCGGACACGAAUCAAUCCAGAUGGCCGAAGAAUGCGCCCGCAGACACCAACUUCCCAACGACCAGCGUGGCCUCGAUCGCGCUCUCUACCCAUUUAUCAGCUUCCCGCGGCACUAUUUCGAUCGCUCACCGGGCGAGUGGCACUUCUACAAGCCUUUUCAGCCGCAGCGUGUCCACCUGUUCCUAAUGGCGGAGGCCGCGGACCUGACGAAGCAGAGCAGCUGGGCUCAGGUCCUAGCCGUUGCUCAGAUUUGCGUGGAUGGCUCGUCACUCUAUCGGGAAGGACUCGCAUCGCUCUGCUGCCACGUCAGCCAGGUUUUUACUUUGCAGCCGACACGCCUCUAUGUCCACGCCCUCUACAUCCGGGGGUCGACGCUGGAGCUCUGGGUAUUUGACCGGGCGGGGAUGUACUGUGCCGACACCUUCAACAUCCAUGCGGACCCGGUACGAUACGUCGCUCUCGUUCUCGGCUACACGCUCAUGGAUUCUGAGGCUCUGGGGUCCUUUAACGUCAUCCGGGUGGAUACUACCAAAGCGGACUACACAAGAACCACCUUCGUCCCUAAGUCUAAGCACUCUGAUUCUCCGACCGUGGCGAUACCUGUCAGAGACACCCCGUUCGUGCGAGUCAUGGGAAUUGUUGGAAGUGGCAUGGUCUGCUACCACGCCCAGGACUAUAGCGAGGAGCCCCAUCGGGUCCUCAAGCCCAACCGGGUCCUCAAGCUCAAAUGGCGAGUUACCGACGACAUGCCCGAGGAGGGGCCUCUCCAAAAAGCCCGCAACCGCGGUGUCUGGGGUGUCGUCAGGCUCGAUCACCACGGCGAGCUGCAAGACACGGCGGAGCUCCGCAAAGGGAUUGAAUUUGGACCGCCCUUGAAGUUGAUUGUGCGGCAAUGGGGCGAUGCUCUCGAUAGGAACAACAGUGGCUUCAAGUCGCACACGGAGUCAGCCGGCAAGGAUGAUGGCAUCCCCCACCGUGUGCUCUGUUUCCACGUCCUAUCCCCCCUCGGCCGUCGUCUUUCCACCUUUCAGACCCGGGAGGAACUUCUCCAAGCCCUUCGGGACGCCAUCAAAGGCCACAGGUCCCUCUUACAGAACGCCCGGAUCCUCCAUCGGGACGUUUCCGAAGAUAAUAUCGUUAUUGUCGACGAUACUUCAGUGAACAGCCCUAAGGGUAUUCUGAUCGAUCUCGAUUCCGCGCUGGACUUGGAGGCUGGGCCCAACCGCCGACAGAUCACAGGCACCCGCGCCUUCAUGUCGAUCGGCAUCCUCAGGAAGCAUUCACACACCUAUCGCCACGACCUGGAGUCGUUUCUCUACGUCUUCCUCAGUACAGUCAUUGCCAACCGGAACCUCGACCUUCCAGAGGACAGCAAGCUGCACGACUGGAGUCAGGGUACAUGGCAGGACUCGGCGCGGAAAAAGGCGCACUUCAUGGAGAAAAGCAACUUCACGUACAUCCUGGACGAGUUCCCGGAAGAGCAUGAGACCUUGAAGCCGCUCGCCGAGGACCUGCGCGACAUCCUUUUCCCGAUGGAGGGUGAUGAGAUUUUUACCGGCACGGACCUCGCGGCUGAGAAUCGCAUUUAUAAUGGUAUGAUCGGGGCUUUCGAGUGGGCUAUUUUGCAAGAAAAACGCAGAACCAAUUAAUUUAAAAUAAAACUACGCGAAAAAAGGUUAUUAUAAUUAUAUUAAAAAAAUAUAUUAUAAUUUUUAAAA